UGCAAAUCCCUUAUCUAACUCCUUCAAUUCUCCUUCUCUUCUCUGCUCUCAUUCUUUCUUGUUUCCGCAAAGAUGCAGCUGGAGAGCAAGAGGAACGUGUUGCAGCUGUCGUCGUUGAACCACAUUUCUCUAGUCUGCAAAUCAGUGGAUCAAACCAGUGAAUUCUAUAUAAACGUUCUUGGAUUUGUGCCUGUCAAGAGGCCUGCUGCUUUGCAAUUUCCAGGGGCAUGGCUGGUUGGCCAUGGGAUAGGGAUACAUCUACUUCAAUCAGAAAAUCCAGAAUAUUUGCCAAACAAAACUGUGAUUAAUACCAAAGAUAAUCACAUUUCCUUUCAGUGUGAGAGCAUGGGCAUGGUGGAGAAGAAACUGGGAGAAAUGGGGAUUGAUUGGGUGUGCCUGAGAGUAGAAGAAGACGGGAUCGACAUGGAUCAGGUGUUCUUCCACGAUCCGGAUGGAUUUAUGAUUGAGAUCUGCAACUGCGAGAGCAUACCGAUCAUACCAUUGGAUGGCAAGAUGCAUAAGCCUUGUGCAUUGAACAAGAUGAGGGUGCAGCACUAGCAGAUCCGCGCCCUAGUGCCUAGGCCGAGGGUCGGGGCCAAAAUUUUGAGCCAGGGGGGCGAUAUUAUUAUUACCUAUAAUUAACUAUAAGCGAACUAUACACUUACACAAAAUAAUAUUAUUUCAUUUUAUACAAAAAAACUAUUUUAUUGAUCGAAUAAUAAACAGAAUAUAAUGAAAAAUUAUCAAGAUAAAAGUUGUAACAAUGAUCUAUAUGGGAUGAUAGUAAUAACUGAAAGAUUUUGAUUUUUUUUUUAAUUUUCAAUUUUUGUUAUC